AAGCAAGGACCUUAAAUGCACAGAACAUUGGAAGUGCAACCUCCAGUAAGUUGCAUCGGAUCCUGUAUGUGGGAGAAUUCCUGAGCAGGUUCUGCAUACUCUGGUCAGCAAAGGUUGACCCACGAUGCCUCUCAAUGAUGAGCAGAACAGCGACAGCGACUCAUCAAGGUUGUCCGAAAGUGCAGCUUCUUCCAGUGAUUCCGAAUAUUCAAGGCAAAGUUUUACCAGUGACUCUUCAAGCAAGCCCAGCUCCCCAGCUUCAACAAGCCCUCCCAAUGUGGUAACAUUUGACGAAAUGAUGGCAGCGGCAAGAAACUUGUCCGACCUGACUCUGGCUCAUGAAAUUGCCGUAAAUGAGAAUUUUCAUUUGCAGCGCGUUAAGCUCCCACAGAAUAGUUUGCCUGGAAGGGUGAAACAAAUUGUACACAAAGCAUUCUGGGAUCGUUUGGAGGAAGACCUCAAUGAAGAUCCUCCUGAAUAUGAGCACGCUAUCAAGCUGUUUGAAGAAAUUAAAGAGAUUCUUCUUUCGUUUCUGAACCCUGGUGCAAACAGGAUGCGAAGCCAAAUCUGUGAGGUCCUCGAUGCAGACCUCAUAAGGCAGCAGGCCCAGCAUGACGCGGUUGACAUCCAGGGCCUUGCAAACUAUGUCAUUAGCACAAUGGGGAAACUUUGUGCUCCAGUAAGAGAUAAUGAUGUAAACCAGUUAAAAGCCACUGGGAAUAUUGUAGCCUUAUUGAGGCAAAUAUUCCAUGUUCUGGAUCUCAUGAUGACGGAUAUGGUUAAUUUUAUUAUUCAGAGUCUUAGACCUCACCUUCAGCACAACUUGGUGGAUUAUGAACGAGCAAAGUUCCAGGAAAUACUUGAAGAAACACCAAGUGCCCUGGACCUGACGACAGAAUGGAUAAGGGAAUCUAUACAGGAUGAACUGUCUUCUGUUUCCUGUGAAGCAUCUUCAUCCUCUGGUGCUGGUGGGAUCUCAAAACCAAAUCUGAGCCCUACUCUGGUGCUAACCAACAGCUUCUUGAAAUUAUUGAAAUGGGAUUAUCAGAAAAAGAUAAUUCCUGAGACACUGGUGACAGAUGAAGGCCGCCUUCAGGAACUGUCAGAGAAACUGAAUCAGUUGAAGGUUGUGGCUUGUGUUUCUCUCAUAACAAGCAACAUGGUGGGUACAGCUAUUGAAGGAAUUCCAGAUUUUGAAGACAGACAAAAGAGGAUUUUGUUCAUCCUGCUUGAUGGAAUGAAUAAGAAGACCUUUGAUUUGAAAGAAGCUCUUACUGCCAUAGGUCUUCAGACAUGUAGUGAAAUAAACCAGUCAUUAACUGAGAGGGGUUUCCCGCCACUAAAUAAAGAAGUUCAUGAAAAUUUAGUGGGUCAGAUCUGCAACAUCAUAGAGGAAGAUAAUGCAAUCAGCUCCUUAAUUGAUAAGCGAAUUCAGCUGUACAUGAGAAGCUUGCUUGCCUCUCCAUGCUUUGAGAAGUCGAUGCCCACAAUUCCAGGAGGCCUUGCUGUGAUUCAGACUGAGGUGGAGAGCAUUGGAUCUCAGUUUGCCAACAUUGUCAACCUUAAUAAACAGGUGUAUGGACCGUUCUAUGCAAAUAUCUUUCGAAAACUGCUUUUCAACGAGCCAGUAACGAGUAUAGCAGAAGCUGUCUCUUCUAAGAAUUGAAAUAU